AUGCGUGAGGUUAUCAGCAUCAACGUCGGCCAGGCUGGUUGCCAAAUCGCCAAUUCUUGCUGGGAGCUCUACUGCCUCGAGCACGGUAUUCAGCCCGAUGGUUAUCUCACUGAAGAGCGAAAGGCUCAGGAUCCUGAUCAGGGCUUCAGCACUUUCUUCUCCGAAACUGGCCAGGGAAAGUAUGUUCCUCGUGCCAUCUACUGCGAUCUCGAGCCCAAUGUCGUCGACGAGGUCCGCACCGGCGCCUACCGGAACCUUUUCCACCCCGAGAUGAUGAUUACUGGCAAGGAAGAUGCUUCCAACAACUACGCCCGUGGUCACUACACCGUCGGCAAGGAACUCAUUGAGGGCGUUCUGGACAAGAUCCGUCGUGUUGCCGAUAACUGCGUUGGUCUUCAGGGGUUCCUCGUUUUCCACUCCUUUGGUGGCGGUACGGGCUCCGGGUUUGGUGCUUUGUUGAUGGAGCGUCUGUCCGUCGACUACGGCAAAAAGAGCAAGCUUGAAUUCUGUGUUUAUCCCGCCCCGCAAACCGCCACCUCGGUCGUGGAGCCUUACAACUCUAUUCUCACCACCCACACCACUCUCGAGCACUCCGACUGCUCCUUCAUGGUAGAUAACGAGGCCAUCUACGACAUCUGCCGCCGUAACUUGGGCCUUGAGCGUCCCAACUACGAGAACCUCAAUCGUUUGAUUGCCCAGGUCGUCUCCUCCAUCACUGCCUCUCUUCGAUUCGAUGGUUCCCUGAACGUUGAUUUGAACGAGUUCCAGACCAACUUGGUGCCUUACCCUAGAAUUCAUUUCCCUCUUGUCGCCUACUCCCCCGUCAUCUCGGCUGCCAAGGCUGCCCACGAAGCCAACUCGGUCCAGGAGAUUACCAUGUCCUGCUUUGAACCCAACAAUCAAAUGGUCAAAUGCGACCCGCGUCUCGGCAAAUAUAUGGCCACCUGCCUGUUGUACCGAGGUGACGUCGUGCCGAACGACACCCACGCUGCUGUCGCCUCUCUCAAGACCAAGCGCUCCAUCCAGUUUGUCGACUGGUGUCCCACUGGUUUCAAGCUUGGUAUCUGCUACCAGGCUCCUGAAAAUGUUCCCAACGGCGAUUUGGCCAAGGUCAACCGUGCCGUCUGCAUGCUUUCCAACACCACCGCCAUUGCUGAGGCUUGGAGCUCUCUGUCCACAAAGUUCGAUCUGAUGCACUCUAAGCGCGCUUUCGUGCACUGGUACGUGGGUGAGGGUAUGGAGGAAGGUGAAUUCUCAGAGGCUCGUGAGGAUUUGGCUGCACUGGAGCGCGAUUACGAGGAAGUUGCUGCCGAUUCUAUGGGUGAGGAGGAGCUCGAGGCCGAGUACUAG